AUGUAUCCGCUUGACUUUAUUCGAGGACUGCUUGGGACGAAAAUAUGCAUCACAAUGAGAGACAGCACAGAGUACAGAGGAGUUCUCCGCAUGUUUGAUGAGCAUAUUAAUCUAAUUAUUUCAAAUAUUGCAGACGCACCAAAGGAAGUGCUUUUCUUACGAAGUGAGAAUGUUUUGAGCAUUUGCGAGGGAUAG